CCUCCGGACCUCUAUCCUUCUCCCACCUGUUUCACAUUUUCUUCUCCAAUGGCGUCUCUCUCCUUGUCGUUUGAGAGAUGGAGACGGAGACAGAGACAGAGGAGAGUUUCACGGGAUUUGGAUUCACAUUGGAUGAAAAUCCGCCUUGUUUAAAAUUUGAAAAUAUUUCAGAAUCAUGGCUUUGAUUUCGAAUUCUUGUUGUUUUUCCUUCUGCUCGAAUCACGGUGCUGUGUUCCAUAUCUUGAUUCGGAUUGGUUUUACCGCUUCUUUCUUCUUCCGUUCAGCGUUGCUGUUGUGAUUUCUUUGAUGACGAGCUUUAAUUUUGAUUUCAACAAUGACUGUUCACCUUUCUCUAGAAGCCUCUAAGCUAUGGAGAAAAAUAUGCGUCGAAGCGUCCAUAGAAGUUUCGCUUCUUGCCGGAAGCUGGAAAUAUAUCCUUGCUGGCGUUGUUUUUCAGUAUAUCCAUGGUGUGGCUGCUCAAGGAAUUCAUUAUUUGCACCGGCCCGGGCCAACACUCCAGGAUACUGGAUACUUUCUUCUUCAAGAGCUCGGUGAAGACAAAGCUUAUGUUAGCGAGACUGUUUUCUCCCUCAUAUUUUUUUCUUUUGUGCUGUGGACAUUUCACCCAUUUGUUUAUCAGAGCAAAAGGAUCUAUACAGUUCUGAUAUGGUGCAGAGUUCUUGCCUAUUUAGUUGCUUGUCAGUUCCUGAGGAUAAUCACAUUCUACUCGACUCACCUUCCUGGUCCCAACUAUCAUUGUCGUGAGGGUUCAAAACUUGCAAAGAUGCCUCCACCAGAGAGAUUAGUUGAAGUGCUGCUAAUGAACUUUUCAAAAGGGGUCAAUUACGGCUGUGGAGACUUGAUAUUUUCAUCCCACAUGAUAUUUUCUUUAGUAUUUACACGCACAUAUCAUAGAUAUGGUAUGGCAAGAUUUAUCAAAAUAUCUGCUUGGCUUCUUUGUGUAAUUCAGAGCAUCCUCAUCUUAGCAUCUCGCAAGCAUUAUACAGUAGAUGUCGUUGUUGCUUGGUAUACUGUAAAUUUGGUUACAUUUUUUAUUGACAGAAAGCUGGCAGGUUUGCACGAGCUGCGAGAGAGGCCUUCUGGCAUAAUGUCGCCAUCGCUUCUUCCACUGAGUUCCAAGGAAGAGUUUCAGAGGCUUAUGAACGGAAAUUAUAUGGGAAUAACCCAUUGAAGAUAUAAAGCUUAGAAGCAAAAGUUGUGAGUAUCUCUGGUAAUGAUUUUUCAUUUAGCUCUCUUCUUUACGUUUAGACAUUAGAGGGUGGGUGG